AUGGCAAGGAACCAAGAUGCCGCGGUCGAGGAGAGAAGGGUGGCGGCCGAGGAGAGGAAAGUGGCAUUGGAGGAGAAGAAAUUGGCCAUGGAGGAGCGAACUAGGUUGUUGGAAUGGGAGAAGUACUUGUUCUUCAUGGACACAUCUACCCUCGAUGAGAAGCAAAAGGAGUACGUCAAUCUUGCCCGUGAAGAAGUCUUGGUCCAAAAAAGAGCCAUGGUUGGCAUGGGUGGCAUGGGUGGUGGUGGCAUGGGUGGCAUGUCUGGCAUGGGCAGCAUGGGAGGCAUCGGUGGCUUCGGAGCUACCAUGGGUGGCUUCAGAGCUACCAUGGGGGCCAUGGGAGGCAUGGGUGGCUUCGAAGCUACCAUGGGAGGCAUGAGUUUUGCGUCUCUCAUGGGAGGCAUGGGUGGAAUGUCUUCCGGUGUGCCUCACACACCUUCGCAUGAUGCCGUUGAAGAUCUUGCCAACACCUUCCGAGCUCCACAUGAUGAUGCGGCGCGCGACAAUGAAGAGGAGGAGGAAACAAUCGUCUUCAGAUGA